CUGAGGCGUCAUCUGCGUGGGCGCUCACGCAGGGCGGGUCGCGCGGCGCAGGGCGGGAGGGAAGUCGUGGCGGCGGCGUCGGGAACAGCAGCAGCGGCGGGAGCGUGGUGCUGACAGGCCGUGGGAGAAAUGGGCGACCCAGGGCCGGAGAUAAUAGAAUCUGCCCCACCAGCUGGGCCUGAGGCAUCUGAGUCAACAACGGAUGAAAAUGAAGAUGACAUUCAGUUUGUUAGUGAAGGACCAUUAAGACCUGUUCUUGAGUAUAUUGAUCUGGUCAGCAGUGAUGAUGAAGAGCCUAGCACCUCUCAUAGUGAUAGAAUGCCUGAAUCUAAGGUGCCACCCUCUGAGAAUCAUCGCCCAGAAAUGUGCUCUAGCUGCAGUGUUCCUCUUCCCAUUGGAGACAGCAGCUCCUCCUCUGGGAGUUGUGCCAACAGUCCACAAAGAAUAGUUUCUCAACCUUCUUCUGUUGAGAAUCAAUUGGAGAACCAGAAAAAUGAUCAAAAUAAUUCAGAUAUUAAUAUCUCUGAAACAGAGACACUUAAAUCACAAAACAGUCAGACUCUACCUUCAUCAUCACUGCUGGUCCCCCAAGAGUCUUUGGCUUUUUCUGAGGUCAAAGAAGAUUUACCUAUCACGAUGUCUUCAGCUUCACAGAAUGGACAGGAUGCCAUCCUGUAUCUCCAGACACAAGUGGCUGAGAUGUCCAGAGUCAUACGUGAUCUGCAGUCCAGGAGUUGUUUUAGAUUUCAUCAUUCUAGGUCAAGUGAGAACUCGUCAGUUCCUUGGGAUAUGUCCACCUCUAAGGAGGACGGCUUAUCUACAGUUGAAGAAGAGGCUGAUUGCAAAUCUCCAUCAGCUGAUGACAAAGGGCAGCCAACUGACCCCAUGCAAUCUAGUUUCACGGGUCUUUUGAAGAGAAUGGAACAAAGAGGUGUUAUAAAGAGGGUGACAUUACAGUCUGAAACCGAAACAUGUGAGGGGAAGCCUGAUUGGAUGACCUCUAAAAAACGUUUGGUUCCUCCAUUGCAUCCACUUUUGAGAAUUGCCACCACUGAAGUUUUUAAAGACCCUGCUGAUUGCCAUCCUUCUUCCUUCAUGGGACAUAGAGUAUAUCCUGUGGCCAAGGACACAUCUCCUUUCCAGCCAAAUCCACCAGCUGAGGGACCCAUUAUAGAUGUACUAGAACAUAGCAAAAGAGGAAACACGACAUCUCCUUUAGACUCUACCUCAAAAGAAAUGGAGGUCAUGGGUUGUAGGUUCUACCACGCUGCUUCCAUUGCAGCCCGAGCUGCCAGCUAUAUGGCCUAUAUGACUCAGUAUCAGCGUAAACUCUGGGAAGACAUGGAAGAUCUGGUUCAUGAUCCAGAGUUUGAUCGUGGAAAAGCAAGGUGUAUAAUAUCGGAUGGCAUGGAUGCAGGACUUUGGCAGCUUUGUACCACCAGGGACAUAAUGGACUCUGUAGUCAGAGUUAUGGCCAUGGCAGUAGACUAUAGAAGACAGGCCUGGCUUCGACUCACAUCUCUCACUAAGAAAACCCAGGAGAAGAUCUUACACUUGCCCUUUGAUGGUACAUCUCUUUUUGGACAAGAUGUGAAUGCUAUUGUUGCAGAAGACAAUAGUAUUAAAGAAAAUGAAUAUAAAGAUCACAAUAAAUACUAUACUCAGCAUCGAUACUUUUAUAGUCACGAUCAGAAAGCACAUUAUCACAACAGAGGGUACUCCAAAGGGGAUUGGUACAAACCCCGGAAUCACCCUUAUAGAUAUAGAAAAAAGGGAGACUCUCCAGAGCGACAUGGGUAUAAAAAUUAAUACUCUGGAUGUUUAGCAGAUUAGCCUUCCAAGAUCCUACUUUACCUGUUUUUCCCCAGGUUGGGGUCAUCUCAAAAAAUGAGUGCAUGUCUGGAAUAAUCACAGCUGAUGUUUGAGUUCUAGACUUUUGGAAUGAAGUUUAUAAUAAAAAGACUUAAGCUUUGUUGGCCAAAUGGAGACUUUGCUCUAAAGAGUAUUGGACAGGGGUUUACCCAUUAUUUUUGUUCCAAAAUAAGUCCAGAGAAGGGUACUCAGGAAUCUGAAUCUUCUGGAAUUAAAAGAAAACAUGUAGAUUCAUGCCUCAGGAAAAUCUUGUUGGUAAACUGAGGACUAGCAGAUUUUGGAUCUGGAAACAAUUUGCUACUAGAUCAGUGUUUACUAAGACUGAAGUGCAAAACCUUCAUUUUUAGAUCACCAGUGCUUCUGGAACUUCAGGCUUCAGCUUGAUGGGUCAUCAAAAAGUGGUAGAUGUGUUACAGCCCCUUUGUUAAGAUUAUCAGCUCACCAUAGUUCAUACAGUUAUCAGUCAUGAAGCUAUAUGUCUGCUGGAAUUCCUUAAAAUUUUUGCCAAAUCCAGUUUACUUCCAACUGGGAUGAUUAAAUGUCACAGGUCUACUUUUGGACUCAAAGUGGAAAAAGUAUUUUCCUACCUGUAACAUGACUGUAGAAAAGUUAAACUCUUCAUCCUGACUGAAGGCUACCACACCAUCACUGCUCAUAACGCUGCAUGUGGGAUAGCUUUCAUUGCCAUCAAUCCUUGUAGUCUUUGACUUACCACCUGUGAGACUCAGGCGUGAAAGUGGGCCUUCCAGUGAGACGGCCUUCUUAAACCUGUUUUCUAAGCAGUUGGUUCUUUUGAGCUUGAUAGUGCAUUACAUUCUCAGUACAAUAGACAAAUGCAUCGUCAUGGCCCUGGAAAUACAGAAUAUUAUUCCCAUCAUCCAGGCAUGCAAAUCUGAACUCUUUAAGAGCAAGAAUUCCAAACAUGCCUGACAAUCUGGUCUCUUGAAGUAAAGAGGGAUGACAUUAGUCUAGACUUCCUUGAGAAAUCCCUGAUACGUAAAGUGUGAUUGGGUGUUUUCAAGAUACACAGCUGUUUCUGAAUAUAGAUGAUAAUACUUCUUAUUGAAUUCUUGAAAGGUUGGAAUCAACACUUGAGUGAUGUGUUCUUGGUUGACUUAAUUUGUCGUGUAAUCCAACUGGACUAACUCUAAGAGAUGAUUUACAUUUUGCUCCCAAUAAUAACGCUCCACCUUUCUGGAGCUGGCAGCAGAUACCUCAGUUAUGUUAGUGUCCCACAGUAUCAUCUCUCUAAUCUCAAGGCAAUGGCUGUAUAAUAUACCAGCCCCUAUGUCCUUGUCUUCACAGCAUGACUUUUAAAGUAGAAAGUGUCAAGUUUGAGGUUUGAACACUUCACCUAAUGUAACUUGGCAGCCAAAAAAUAAUUUUUUCAUAAAUGUAAUUAUGUAACGUCUUGGAUGUUCAAACACCUGCUUUUUCUUUAUUUUUAAUCUGCUUGAUCAAAAUGUUUUAAGUAUACUAUUAGUAGAAUAUAGCACUGUCUUAUGGGUUUAUGUGAUUUCUGUUUCUUACCAUGAUUCUUACAUCAUAGUGGUUGACAUUUUCUGUGAUGCUAACCUCUUUGUAAGUCAUUAGACAAUGCCUUCUUCCUUUCAUACCCAUAGCCAGCACUCUGCUUAAUCUACAUUUCUUUGUCUUACUACAUAGAACUUGAUAUGUAGACCAGGCUGGCCUUGGACCCAUAGCGAUCAGCUUAGCUCUGCCUCCAAAUAAAGGCCCGGCUGACACUUCUCAUUUGUGCAUAUAGAUUGAAGGCAUGGAUUUCACAGCUUGUAUAAAGUUACUUUGUCAGAUCAUUUUAGGGUACUGUAUUGGACCUAUUUGUGUUCUUUGUAGAUUAAACCUGAACUAGUUAUCAAGCAUUUAGCAAAUUUAACCAAAUUGUAUCUAGGGUUAAUAUUUAACUUACUUUUCUGUAUCGUCAACAACAUUUUACUUUGACUUCCUUAAGUUCGUUCCAGGGCUCUCUAAAGUGUCUCUCAGAUGAGCUCCAGAAAAAACAGACUUUUGUAGCUCACAGCGAAUUCUAUACAAAGGCGUAGACUCAAGCCCCUACCGGUAGCAGUGCAGUUUCUUCUGAGAAAGGAGUAGCCACUCAGACGGCACUGAGGAAAGGGUGCACGCAGCUUUGUGCGGUGUUUCUGACUAGUUUAGGUUACUGCAGAUGUUCCUCCCUUUCCAUCUUGCCCUGAAUUAGAUGCUACAUAGCACAUAUGAUUUGAUAUACUCCUGUUGUUCAAAAACGGAACAAAAAUAAAUAAUGCUUAAAGACGUGUUCUUAGAAACUGUUUUGGCAUUCCCACCUAAUUUAUUUAUACCGAUUAUUGCUUUAAAUCAUAGUAGACAGCAACAUAAAAAGCACAUGAAAUUUAGCACUUUAAUAAUUUUCACAUUAUUAUACACUGUUAAAUAUGUUCAGGACAGCCCUACUAUUUAUCUUAGAUGUUUAAGCUAUUUCUUAAUGAAAUACAUUGCUUGACUACUAAUUGUUAAGUCCAAGCAACUCCAAAGGACUCAAUUUUCCUGAAAGUGAAGAGUGUCAGGAAAUCACCAGAUUAGUGAUUAAACAGACAAACUAAAAAAGUAUUUGGCCCUUGAGUCGUUUGUGGACAGAGUAUGGUAGGGUGGGAGCUCUCUUAGCUAUAGCUACUUGAUUCAGAACUAUUCCAACAUCUUUUACCUGUUUAUCUUUUUUUUUUUUUUUUUUAACUCUGGCAAACUUGAAUGAUUAUGAUGGUGUUAUAAAAGUUGGUACUUGGUGUAGUGAGACAACCCCAGUAGACAGUACAGUAGAAUAUAGCAUUUAGAUUUAACCAGCUAAAUAUCUAGAUUGUGUCUGCAGAGCCUGCAGCAGAAUUUCCUAUUAGGUGGAGUGAGAAUAUCACUAGCUUUUGUAGAUACUUUGGAGUACUUAAAAGUUCCAUGAUUUGAUUUUCUCGAAAGGGAUGUGUUUAGUGAUCCUUUCCUUCAAAAUGUCCUUUAUUGACUAGACGUAAGAUGUAUUUGAAGACAAUAUGGUUUUUUGUAGUUACUGUGUAUAGAGAAAUACUAUUUCCAUUUAUUGUUAUAUAAAGUGCCUUUUUAAAUUUCAUUCUUAUGUUUAAGACCUAACCUUCGAUGUGGUGUUCAUGUGACUUCAUCACAGUGAUUUACCUAGUUUAUUAUCUUUAUUAUCUGUACAAUUGCACUAUUUCCAUGUACUUCUGAAUGCUAAUUUGUUUUUUUUAUAGCACUGUUACUAAUUUCAGAAGGUUAUAGAAUAAAUCUCCCUCUUUAUUUAAUUAAUGUCACAGAAGUUCUUUUUAGGUUUUAAUGAUUGGUUUCUAGACAUAAAAGUAGCUCUUUUUUUCUUUGUAUAUUCUAGAUUUUCUGAUUUAGUCAUUUAUCUCACAUCUAACCUUGCUCAUCAUAGCCAUAGUAAAACAACUUAUAUUUGCUUAAUGGAUGUGUUUAUUGGGAUAGAAACAGCAAGGUCAUUUUAAACAGUAAAGUUGAUGGCACUAUAUAUUUAUAUAUAGUAGUCUGUGGCAGCUUCCUUGUCAGUAUAAUUGUUUUUUUUUUCCUUUUUAAACUGGCAGCUUCUUUAUUAGUAUAACUGCAUUUAUUAGCCUUCAAAAUGCUAUUUUUGAGGGCAGCAUAUAUUCUUUCAGGCUACUUUACUGCAUUAUACCUAAGUGACCUGAUUGAUAGCGUCCUUAAGGGCCUGACACAUCCAGGAUAUAUACCUCUCAGGUGUUGUAAACAAGGAGGUUGAAAAGACAAAGUCCAGAAUUCCCUCUCACUGUAGAAUUGGAUACUGAUAAGGGUAACAGAAAGGUUAGCCAUACUCAUCAUUCUUGAAGUUCUAGUUCAUUGGGAUUCUGCUGAAGGCUUAGGAUUAUGGGUUAGAUUCUUUUAGGAAUAGAAGACUGCAAUAAUAAUUUUUGUUCUUCAAUGUGAGGCAUAUUUUGCCCCAGUUUUGCACUGUCCAGUUCCCCUGUUUUUGAAAUUUACCCAUAUGUACUUAAUGUUGAUGGCUAGACCAAUAACUAAUUGUUACUGUGGAUACAUCUUAUGCAUGUCUUUCGGUUAGUCAGGUUGAUUCUGUGUGGUUUUUAGUGGACAUACAAACUAGACAGUUUUUUUUCACUUAAAACUUAAAGAAGUUAUCAGUAAGUGAGUGUUGAUUACUGUAUUGAAUGCAGAUUUUCUUCAUAAUUAGCAAGUUUCAUAAACCAUUAAAAUCUAUGGAGUUUCCUUUCCUGGAUGAUUGAGAAUGGUGUUUUAUUAAAUUCUUUUUCUCUUAUUAGUGUAGUCCCAUUUUUGUACUCCUGUGUCAUUAUUUAUUUGACUUUAUUAUAAUGCACUUUUGUAUUACUUAAGAUCUUACUACUGGAGUUUGUGUUCACUUCCUGUAGGAUGUAGAGGUGGUCACAGUUCAGUUGUGUCUUGAGAGGGGCUUUAGGUAGCUUCUCAGGCUGCCCCAUACAUAAUUUUCCUGCUUUCACCUCCUGGGGGUAGGGACUUCAGGGGAAUGGCACCAUGCUGGGCUUUUAGUCAUGCCAGUCUUGCUAAGGGUUUUGAUACUGAUCUGUCUUUACCCAGAAUCUCUUCCCAAGGAAGUCUGAUUUUUCCCUUAAUCUCUUUGAUAUUGAGAUUUUGUAUACUUAGCAUA